AUGGCGUCCCUCGCGCGCUGGUGCGCGAACCCGCGCGCUAACCCUACCUCCGCGCCGUCGUCCCGAUGCCUCCGCCGCCGCGCCGAUGCGGGGUCCGACCGCCGCGCCGUCCCGACGCGCGCGCUCUCCGAUCCCCUCUCCGAGAGAGAGCGCGCCGAGUACGAGCUCCUGAAGCGCGCGUCGCGGCUCGGGGUCGACGAAGCCGACGCGCGCAGGGCCGCCGCCGCGAAGGUGGCGUCGAUGAAACCCGACGAAGUUCGCGUCGCGCAGCAGAGGGAGGAAUUCUGGGCGCACCAAGAGUCAGAGUAUCGGCGAUGGUUCGUGGAUCACAGGGAGUACUCCGACGUCAUGUCCGAGUUUAGGAGCGACAUCGCGGUCACCGCGUCGCCCGCCACGUGCUACGCGCUGUGGAACGACCUCGACGCCCUCCAGUUCUUCGUCCGAGGCUUGGAAGCGACGAGGAUGGCCGACGGCGUCAGCGCGGAGUGCUCGCUGACGUAUGGCUACGGCGACGCCCCGCGCGCCGUCGAACGCUACAGAUUCAUGGCGCACGUCGCGGAGCGCACGACGGACGAGGUGGUGCACUGGCAGAGCACCGACGGGUUCCCGUGCGGCGUCGUCGCGGGGUUCUGGCCUCACGAGGAUGACGCGAGCUUGACGCACGUUCGCGUCGAGGCGUACUGCCACCUGCCCUUCGACCUCGCGAAGGAACACGGCGCCAUGAGCCUCGGGCUCGACAUCGAGCGCAAGCUCUCGCACGCGAUCGAGGCAUUCGCGUUCCUGGCGGACGCCACGGAGCAGGGGAUGGCGGAGGGAAUCAUCGACGGCGCGGAUGGGUUCAAGGCGGAUGAGCACGCGUUUGCGGUUGGGACGAUCCCGGCGGGAUUCGGUCUGACGGACGGACCGGCGGCGAGGGUCGGGGAGGACGGGCGCGUGUACGUGGACAGGCGGGCGAUGGAGGCGGCGGCGGAGGACUUCGAGCACAGGACGGGGCGCAAGCCGCUUCCCGUGGAGCUGGUCAAGGCGCUUCAGAAGUCCGCCGCGGCAGAGUGA